AUGGCUACCACCGGACAGCCGAGCACAGGUCUGCUCAACCUAGAGAAAGAACUUGUCUGCUUCAUCUGCACCGAAGUCCUGUAUCAACCUCUAACCCUUCUCGAUUGCUUGCAUACGUUCUGCGGCUCCUGUUUGAAAGAAUGGUUCUCUCACCAAUAUCGCAAAGCCACCCAUUCUCACUCCGCUUCUACGACACAUCCGUACACCUGCCCAACAUGCCGUGCCCCAGUAAAAGACGUCCAGCACAAUGCGAUGAUCAACACCCUCCUAGAUAUGUUCCUCGCCGCCAACCCCGGGAAGGACAGGACUGCAGAAGAAAAGUCGGAGAUGGCGCAGAUCUACCAGCCCGGCGACGAGAUAAUGCCCAAGGUGGAGAGUUACCGGAGACGAGAACGCAGGCGGCGAGAGGAAGAGGAAGUCCGCGCAAGAGAGCAACGCAGCGGUGGUUAUGUCAUACAAGAGAGGAGCCGUCCCGAUCAACGGUUGCACGUCAGUUCAGCUGACAGCGCACUGACCCCUCCAACCACGAGCGGACAUAGUAGAAGCCGCGAGCGUAGGGAUAGAAGGGAAAGGUCGAGGGACUCCGAAAGUCGAACGGCGGAGGAGCGGCAGCAAAUCAAUGGAGCAGUCGGCUCCCGUCCUCGAAAUGCCGCCUCGUCGAGUUCGACAGACUUAUCUGCACCCUUGGCCCCUCUGGCUGGUUCGCCUAGACACCCGGAUGCAGUCGAGGCUCGCCAAAGGGGGGCGCGAACUGUUGCGCAUCAAGCAAGCUUGAUAUCGCUGGUGAGCGCCUCCGAAAGCGGCACCGGAACUGGGGAGAGUCUCAACGAAGCCCAGCUGAUGCAGGAGAUACUAUCAGAAGGGCUUCUUGAUGGCAUCAACGUCGAGGAGCUGACUGAGGCAGAACAAGAUGAACUCAGUGAAAUCAUUGCCGAGCGGUACAGGCAAUUACAUCCAGAAAGGGUGCGACGAAGUGUACCGGCCGUGGCGAGCACGGAUCCUGUGUCGGAUGAGUCUCGACGGUCCGACGAUACACAGAUUGAAGAAGCAGAUCGUCGACCCCGUCAAUCAGCGCGAAGCAGUCAACGACAACAGACCCAACCAAGCCCCAGAUCCAGCCGUAGUGUGACUAUAGGAGGCGCGGACGGACGGCCUCCCUCGGCUUUUCCACAGGCUUCAGCUGAGCAGGCUCUGCCACCACCUCAAGAGAUCACUCAUCGACGGAGGCCUUCCGACGAGAGCGGUAGGAGAGACAUGUCAAAUAUGAGAACGGCGAGAACAGCAAGAAGUUCCCACCCCAGCGGUUCACGCAGUACGCCUGCUGCCAGGUCUGCAACCGAUCUCUCAGACCGACCCGAGUCUUUUGCGCUUGCCGCGGAACGCCGGAACCCACGCGCAAACGCAUCCCGGUCCAAUACGGAGCCUCGAGCAUCACCGCGAGCAUCAGAAGUCUGGCAAUCUGCAGGGCGGGCUGGAUCAAGUCCGCCUGAAGCUGUUUCUUCGGCUACGCAAUCGCCCACAGUGGAUCACGAUGGGCCAGUCAUGUCUAGUGUCAACACUGCGCCCGUUCCUACGUCUAUUCCUACGUCGGAUCUCGUACCCUCUGGCCUUGAACCGCUCGUGCCGUCUUCCGCCGACGUAUCAACACGGUAUGAGGAGCCAUUGAUCGAAUGCGCUCGCUGUUUCCGCCCGGGGAUUCAGUACGAGCUGUAUAAACAUUGUCCUUCUUGCAAGAUGGACCUAUGCUUGCGAUGUUACAGAGCUGGGCGUGGUUGCAACCACUGGUAUGGGUUCGGCCACGCAGCACUGCUCAAAUUCGAGGCAUCACAACCGAGGAACCGCAGUAGCCAGGCUAUUGAACUUCCCCAUUUACUGGUUGGACGUCGGUAUCUGAUUCCCCCUUCCAACGACCAACCGCGCGGUCAGGAACGAAACGCCACUGUUUCUGGAGAUCCAGCAUUGCGGCUGCAAGAAGGCAAUUUCUGUGACCGCUGCGGCGCCUUCGCGAACGAUUGCUUCUGGUCUUGUGAUUUUUGCAACGAGGGUGAAUGGGGGUUUUGUAAUGAUUGCGUCAACACCAAUCAUUGCUGUAACCAUCCUCUUUUGCCUGUCGCAUAUAAACCAGCCGAUCUGAACUCCAGAAACACCACUUCGCGACCUGGAACCGCAGGUACAGAGGGUGGCGCUUCCCAGACUCUGAGUCCGUUCACAGCUACCGGCCGUAUGCCCUCGCCCGCUCAAAGUGCACCGUCGAGUACGACCUCAGGCACCGGCGUCUAUGCUGGCGCUGUUCCGCUGGUAAUCACGACACAUUGUGACAUCUGCUCACGGUCCGUUCUGCCAGAAGAAACAAGGUAUCACUGUCCCAGCCAUCCGACUCCCUCGGCCGAAAAGCCCGAUCAGAAGGGCGAUUUCGAUAUCUGCAGGAAAUGUUACCACCGUAUUGUCAAAACGGGUCAAAUCAAACAGGACGACGGUCCGGAUGGAUGGCGGCUUUGUCCCAGUGGGCAUCGCAUGAUUGAGGUGACGUUUGAACAAGAGAGUCAUGAAGGUCAGCGGCGAGUGAUCCUUCGUGACUUGGUCGGCGGCGUCAAGAUGACCGAAAGUGACAUGUUGGCAUGGAAGCUCGCAAACACCCAGCUGUCGCAACCGAAUAACAGCUCUCAGUGGGCUUGGGCCACUCUUGCUGAUCCGCCGGCGGCAGCACCAGCAACAGGUGUCGUGCCAGAGUUUCGCGGCCUGGGAGGCCAAUGGGUCUGGCGGGAAGAUCCCGCGGGAACGCGACGAGCGACUCGACCGCGAGAUGCCAUUCUUCCCAACCCCACCACCAAAUUCCCUCCGGAUGGCGGGUUCGGCAAAGUCUGCCGUGCUCGAUGGGGCUAUAUCCCAGCCGAAGGCGAGGAAGGGGAGGGAGAACUAAUGUUUCCGAAACACGCCGAGAUCAAGGAAGUCGAAGAGGUCAACGACGAGUGGUGGUUCGGUGUUUAUGCCGGCGACAUGGGCGUGUUUCCGGCCGCCUAUGUGCGCGAGGUGUGA